AUGCCGGAGGCAGAGGUGAAGAAGGAUUGCUCCGAUGUCGACGAUGCCUCCGAUCGCUUGGUUUUCGUCGACAGGGAAGAUGAGCCAGAGACGGCGGCUUCCGAACCCGCGGCCCCGCCAGACGGCCGGGACUCUGCAUCUUUGGAGCGUGAAGCGUCCGUCGGGACUCCCCUGGAGUGGAACUGCACCGAAGCCGCCAGCUUCGAUACGAAUGUUACGGGCUCCCCACACGAAGCCGUCGAUGCCUCCAAACAAGCUGUG